AUGUCAAACGGCAUGGGCGAGACCGAAAAGGUCAACACCCACAUCAUCACCCUGACUCGCUUCUUGACCGAAGAGCAAGCCAAGUUUCCCGAGGCUACUGGUGACUUCACGCUCCUCUGCCACGCUCUGCAGUUCGCUUUCAAGUCAAUUGCGUACUACAUCCGCCGCGCGACCCUCGUCAAUCUCACUGGCCUCGCAGGUUCCUCCAACAUCACGGGCGAUGACCAGAAGAAGCUCGACGUCAUCUCCAAUGACCUCUUCAUCGAGGCCAUGCGCUCCUGCGGCAAGGUCGCCCUCCUCGUCUCCGAAGAGGAGGACGAGGUGAUCUUCUUCAGCGACGCCAAGGGCGCCCGCUACGCCGUGGCCUGUGACCCCAUAGACGGCUCCUCCAACCUGGACGCCGGUGUCUCCGUCGGCACCAUCUUCGGUAUCCACAAGCUCCCCGAGGGCAGCACCGGCACCAAGGAGGACAUCCUCAAGCCCGGCGCCGAGCUCCUCGCCUCCGGCUUCACCAUGUACGGCGCCUCGACCCAGCUCGUCCUUACCAUGAAGGGCGCCACUGUCAACGGCUUCACCCUCGACAACGGCGUCGGCGAGUUCAUCCUCACACACCCGGACAUGCGCCUGCCCCGCUCGCGGGCCAUCUACUCCGUCAACGAGGGCAACUCGCUGUACUGGAACGACCAGACCAACAACUACUUCAACUCCCUCAAGCAGGCCCAGGCCGACGGCAAGCCCUACAGCUCGCGCUACAUCGGUUCCAUGGUGGCCGAUGCCUACCGAACCCUCUUGUACGGCGGUGUCUUUGCCUAUCCCGCCGACAAGAAGAGCCCCAAGGGCAAGUUGCGUAUUCUGUACGAGUGCGCGCCCAUGGCCCAAGUGUUUGAGAAUGCUGGUGGCCAAGCCGUCGACAGCCAGAUGAGGAGGAUGCUGGAUGUGGCCCCUGAACACAUCCACGACCGCGCCGGCAUUUUCAUGGGCAGCUGGGACGAGAUGGAAAAGGUCAAGGGCUUCUUCAAAUAA